GCAUUUUUUUUUUUUUUUUAACCAGCUGCACGGUAACCGUGUUUGGUCCACGCGCGUGGUAACAGCGGCACGCGGGCAACACCGGGAUCCACCGCACUGCGCUUCAUAUAAAGGUGAAUGUGUGGCACCGAUUGGUUGUGGAGCCUCGGAAGAGCAUGGCGGUAGCCGGAUGCCCAGACUACUUUAUGCUCCACCCAAAAUAUCAGGACAAUGUCGACCACACAUCCUCUCGUGCAUCAGACAGUCUUAUUCACUUCCAGCAGUCAUCUAAUCCAGGCUCUCCUAAUCACCCAGAUGAUGAUGUCGAUCUAGAGGCUUUGGUGAAUGACAUGACAUCCCUGUCACCCUAUGAGGGCCUUUACUCUUUUAAGACUCAGCACUCUGACACCAUCCCUCUCCUGCACAAUGGCCAAGGCACUGGUGUCCAGAUUAAGAGGACCGCUUUGCCAUCACAUCUGUCAAAUAGCCAAGCGACAGCUACUCACUCACCUGCCCAGAAAGCCUGCCGCUCCCAACCUGUUCAUAUCCUGGCUGUUAGGAGGCUACAGCAAGAGGAGCAGCAGGUUCGCCCUGCAUCUCUGCCAGCCAUUCCCAACCCUUUCCCUGAGCUAUGCAGCCCUGCAGAUUCCCCAAUAAUCAGCGCUGCUUCAGUGCCCCAGCCAUCAGAUGUGCACAUCAUCAAGGUGUUUAGUGAGGAUGGUGUUGGGAAGGUGCUGGAAGUUCCUGCUCAUAUGACAGCCAGAGAUGUGUGUCAGCUCCUGGUUUAUAAGAGUCACUGCCUGGACGAUAACUGCUGGACUUUAGUAGAGCAUCAUCCAUUGCUUGGACUCGAGAGGUGUGUGGAGGACCAUGAACUGGUGGUUCAGGUGCAGGCCUACAUGUCUCCAGAGAGCAAGUUCCUCUUCAGGAAGAACUAUGCCAAGUAUGAGCUCUUCAGAAACCCACUGAAUUUCUUCCCAGAACAAAUGGUGGCAUGGUGUCAAGAGUCCAAUGGCACGAUCCCACCAUCUCAGCUUCUGCAGAAUUUCUUGAAUUCCAGCUGCUGCCCAGAGAUCCAGGGCUUUCUUUACAUGAAGGAGACAGGUCGCAAGUCCUGGAAGAAGCUUUACAUGUUCCUGCGCCGCUCUGGCCUUUACUACUCCACUAAAGGAAUAUCCAAGGAGCCCAGACAUCUGCAGUUGCUUUCAGAUCUGGAAGGGAACAGUGUGUUCACCAUGACGACAAGCAAGAAAGUGCACAACGCUCCCACAGACUACCAGUUCUGCAUUAAGCCUACGAAGGGCACAAUAGAAUUGAAGGAUCUGAAGAUGCUCUGUGCUGAGGAUGAGCAGAGUAGAACAUGUUGGAUGACUGGCUUCAGAGUGUUUAAGUAUGGAAUUCUGCUCUACCAGAACUACAAAAUUCCUCACCAAAGACAGCCACCAGUCUCAAACUUCACAACGCCCGUGAGGAGUGUGUCAGAGAAUUCUCUAGUUGCCAUGGAUUUCUCAGGGAGGACAGGCCGUGUGAUUGACAACCCUGUGGAAGCAAUGAGUGCAGCCAUGGAGGAGGGACACACUUGGAGAAAACGAAGUCAGCGAAUGAAUGUAUUGGGCCACCCUAGUUCUCCGCAUCCAUCAUCUUUAAAUUCAGUGAUCCACCGAACACAACUGUGGUUCCACGGUCGCAUCAUGAGAGAAGAAUCCCACCGUAUGAUGAUGCAGCAGGGUCAGGUGGAUGGGUUGUUUCUUGUACGGGAUAGUCAGAGCAACCCAAAGGCUUUUGUUCUCACUCUGUGCCAUCACCAGAAGGUCAGACACUUCCAGAUCUUGCCUUAUGAAGAGGAUGGUCAGAUCUUCUUCAGCCUUGACGAUGGUUCUACCAAGUUCACAGACCUGAUCCACCUUGUAGAAUUCUACCAACUUAACAAAGGAGUCCUACCCUGCAAACUCAAGCACCCCUGCACCAUGGUGGCCUUAUGACACCCCCUCCCCCCACACCCACCCCCUACACUUUUGAUUGAACUUUUAUUACGUCCUUGCACCCAUGGCUGAGAACAAAGAAAACAACCAACGCAGUUUCUCAGUGUCCCUCUUCUGUGAUAAGCGAACACUUUUUUUUUUUUUUUUAUGUCUCAGACAUGAACAUUUAUUUUAUAUCUUGCCUCUGGGAACGUUGCAGAACUGACAAUUGAUAUAACACUGCCAAUUUAUUUCUCAUUUUCCAAGCCAGUGUCGGUCACUUCAAGAUCUCAUCCAGUCGAAGGCCUCGAUGUCAUCAUGCACAAAACACUCACAACUGUGAAAAGAUCUGAUCAAAUCUUUUCCGUUGCUUAUGCCUUGUAAUGUUACUUGAUCAUAUUGUGGGAAUGCUGACGUUUUCAUGUCGAGUAUUUUUGCACUUUCAAGCUGAAAACGGGUGGCCCACUUGACCAUUAAAAUGCCCCUGUCCUUAUUUGAUCCCCCCCUCCUUCCUCCUUCCCCUGGUCUCAUGGUGAGUAAGCCUCAGUGUGGAAUUCCUGUGUAGUAAUUGGAUUACAGUGCAAAACAGACUUUCACUGAGCUCUGUCAGAGCUUCCUAUUGACAAGGCUACAGCUGAUGGCUGAUGCACCGAAUUAUGAAUCAGCAGACCUGAAAUGCUGAUUAUCAUCUCAUCUGUUGCAUUGCGCUCAGUCCAAGCUAUUCUUCACCAUGUCCUCUUUGCCUCUUUGUGCAACAGGAUAAAGCUGAGUUACGUUCCGUCAGUCCGGAGACUGAAACGUUCCACAAAGAAGUUGCACAUGUUGGACAUCUGGCGAGAGAAAUUCAUUUGAACCGUAGAUAAAAUGCAUAGUUUUAAUUAUGUUUUUAAUUAGGGGGACCAAAAGUCACUUUCAAUUGAAGUGCAAUAUUUUUUUUUAAGUACAGCCUAUUGGGAAGUUAAGGAAAUGUGACCCAGGACCUGUGUGGCCACCUAAGAACUUGACACACACUCAAGUUGCUGAUGUUGACUACCCAUAGCACAAUCACUGAGAUAAACAAUUAGCCGUCCUCUGGCUAUGUAUCAAGUUAUUGUUGUUGUUAUUAUUAUUGAUUAUUAUUAUUAUUUCUACAAAAUCCUGUAUAGCUAUAAUUAAGAAUUAGCUUUUCAUCAUUUUGCUGCGCUUGAGCCACAUGAACAUAUGAAAGGUAUAAAAAGACCCCAUUUGUAGCUUGAAUUAACAUGUGAUCUGUGCCGAGGUUCCAACAAGCAUCGCAGCACAAAGAUCAUCAUUAAAUCGUAGAGCAAGCAGCACAACGAACACGCUCUCUCCUAGUUAAGAUGCUCUUAGUGUUAAGAGGCUUUUGGGAAAGCCACCCCUGAUCAGUUACAAAGCAGCAUUAAAUAAACACAAUGCUUUAUGAUCGGUAUAUUAUUAGAUCGGUCAGACCAGGGGUGUCAAAAGUCUGGCCCCAGGUCCCCAGGGUGGACUGAUGUUAUCUUGGAUAGGAGGUCCACUGUCAGCCACCACGUUGCAAUUCUUCCUUUCACCUGACGGUGGCAGCAGACUGCGUUAACACAGCUAGCUAAAUUGCAAGAGCAUAGAAUACGUUUUGUGAAUCCUUGAAUGAGUCCUUAACUAAAGUGGUCAAUGUCUCAUCUCAUUAUCUCUAGCCGCUUUAUCCUGUUCUACAGGGUCGCAGGCAAGCUGGAGCCUAUCCCAGCUGACUAUGGGCGAAAGGCCGGGUACACCCUGGACAAGUCGCCAGGUCAUCACAGGGCUGACACAUAGACACAGACAACCAUUCACACUCACAUUCACAC